UUGGAUGUACUAUACCAUUUUUUUUCUCUCAAAUUAGCCAGGAUACGCUACAAUGUCAUAGCAGCAAGAUCAUAAGAAUUCUAAAAGAAACCUGAUUUUAUCAUAGAACACGAGCAUUGAUAUAUCGAUAAUGGGCGAUGUAAGUGAAGAAUCGUUGUUGGAUUAUUUCUACUCAGCCGGAGGGAAAGUAAAAAAUUCAGAUUUAAUGAAAACAUACAAGCCUUUUAUUGGUCACAAGGACAUGGAGCUGCGUGCCAAAUACAGAGAGGAGUUCAAACAGAUCAUCGACAGGAUUGCUGUUGUGAAAUCAGAGAAUGAUGAGAAGUACCUAGUUCUGAAGAAGAGAUACCGGCAGCAGAAGCAGGACAGCGAGACAGAGCCUGGGACAGACAGACAGGCCAGCCCUGCCAGGCCAUCGGCCUCAGCCCAGUGGGAUGGGUCAGGGGUCUCGUCUCUCUCCAGUGCCCAGAUGGAACCAGACCUCCAGCCUGAACUGGCCAAGCGGGCAGAGGAGAGGAAGCCUUCCCGGUUGACGUGGUGUGGAAGAGGCCCCAGCAUUACUGUCACAGAGGCACCCGAGCAGGAGCACAUGCAAGAGGAUCUGCACACUGAGAGAAAACCCUCACCGUCUGUUUCGGAGGAACCCCUUGUGCACAGCAAAGGGGAGAAUGAGCUAGACAGAGACUCAGGGUCAAAGUCAGAGUCCGAAGAGCAGGAAGAGGAGUGUACGGGCAGUAUGGGCUCCACCCCAGUGGCUCUGGACCCUGUGGAGAAGGAAUGGAUCUACUCUGCUGCAUGUGGUUGUCUCUCUGACCUCGCCCAGCUGCUACAACAGGAGCCCUCCCUGGCCAACAAGAAGGUCUGGGUGCCAUUUACAGCUCUACACUGGGCAGCCAAACAUGGCAAAGAGGACAUGGCUGCCAUGAUGGCCAAUGCAGGGGCUGACGUCAACACUAAAUCUCAUGGGGGCUAUACACCCCUGCAUAUUGCAGCAUUGCAUGGCCAUCGAAACAUUUUGGAGCUGCUCAUUGGAACAUAUGAUGCGAAGGAGAACCUCCGGGACUACAGUGGCCAUCUUGCAUGCCAGUACCUGAACAUCAGGGAGCCUACAGAGGAUGACAGAGCAGCUCCAGAGGAGAUACAAUUCCCUGAGUUCCAUAUGGCCCAGGCCAGAGACCGCAGCAGGAACAGGAAGUUGACCUCAUUGUUCCAGUCCAAGAAGAAGUGGGGCUCAGCGGAGGAGCUAGCCCCUGUAGAGGAGGAAAAGGUGGCACUUGCACCGCAUCAACUCAUCGUCCCCGCAUUCAGACCCAGGAAAUUCUCACGCUGAGAAAGUAGGUAACCAAAUGCCCCAACAUGCAUUGAUGACAUAAGUACAUGUUCAGUCAGUGUAUGUUUAUUGGAAUUUGAAUGUAUGCUUUUAUGGUAUGUAUGCUUGUGUGUCUCGUGCCUUCAGAAAGUAUUCAGACCCCUUGACUUUUUCCACAUUUUGUUACAUUACAGCCUUAUUCUAAAAAUUAUUAAAUACAUUUUUCCCCUAAUCAUCUGCACACAAUACACCAUAAUGACAAAGCAAAAACAGGUUUUUAGAAAUGUUGCUAAUUUAAAAAAAAAUGUAAACGGAAACAUCACAUUUACAUAAGUAUUGAGACCCUUUACUCAGUACUUUGUUGAAGCACCUCUAGCAUCGAUUAUUCUUGGGGAUGACGCUACAAGUUUGGCACACCUGUAUUUGGGGUGUUUCUCCCAUUCUUCUCUGCAGAUCCUCUCAUGCUUUGUCAGGUUGGACGGGGAGCGUUGCUGCACAGCAAUUUUCAG